UAUCACUUCCGGUUAUGCUUUGGCGGUACAAAAAAUAUUUCAAAAUACUGUUUAGAAAACACAGAAAGAAUGCAAUCAAAUAGAAACACUUAAUACUAAGUGGUCCUCACCAUGUUAUUUAGAAGAAUCCACCAGUGUUAACCUAUAUUAAAGAUGUCAUAGAAAGUGAUGGAUCUAAAAGACAGUAUUAGUAUAGAGGAUUUGUCAGCUGUUGCUGAAGAAGGGCAGUCAACCAAUAUAGACAAUGAAUACUCCUUCAGCCGGAACAAACCUCUGGCUAUGUCAACUGUGGCUAGGGGAAACGGAAAUAAAGCACGAAUUGGAGAUGAUAUAAAAAGUGGUUCAUUUAUUAAUAACAAUUCAAUUUCUACUCCCACUGGUGGAGAAAGUAAUUCAUCCAUACAUCAGUUGAGAUUAUCCUUCAGUGCAUUUGAUCAGUCAAACCAGUUAUUAAAGCCAAGAGAAGUGACUGGGAGCAAAUCAGAACAGCUCCUUUCAAGACAGGAUGACAGUUUAUUGUCUCAGAAUUCCUGGGGUCAGCCUCCAUAUGGAAUUGGGUCAGGAGGAUAUGAAGCCAGUAGAAAUUCUUCAUUAGGUUUAAUUCAAGUGGAUGCAAUGAGUGAUUUAACAGGUAGUGAAUUUAAUUUAUACAUGCCUGGUAUGGAUCACACAAAGACGGGAAAUAGAUCAGUGCAAGGAUCAAGUAGCACAGAAAGUAAGACUGGUACCACUUUGCAAAGUUCCAGUCAAGGGAACAGUCAGCACAUCAGUGAUAAUCAGCCAGCCUUUUUCAGACAUGAUAUAGAUACAGUAAAGAAGAAGCCAUCAGAUAAACCAGCACCUGUCCCUGAAGGACCUGUCAGACAGUCACUGGUGUUUCAGGAAAUGUUCAGCAAUCAGCACGAUGGGGAUGUGACCAUACCAGAGGUCAACAUUGACGAGGAGCUGAUGCAGUUGGAUGAUGAUUUCAGUGACUUUGAUGAGACUGGUAUAGAGGAUGUAGAGUCUGAUGAUAAGAAAGAUGUGACACAAGAUAAUGCUGUUUUAGAUUCUAUAUAUCUUAAAAUGAUGUCCAGCGGGGGAGAUGGAGCGGAACUAACACAGAAUACUAAGUUAUUUCCCAGUCUUAGUAAAGUCACUCUUUUUGAUGAUAUAGGCAGUAAUGAUGAUUUAAGGGAUGUGGAGGGAAAACAGACUGGACAAAGUAGUGAGAUAGAUACAGAGGAUGAACUGGAAAUGGCUAGACAGUCUAUGGGUUUAGAAAGAGAAGUAGGAGCUGGUCAGUGUUCAGAUAACCGUGCCUCUAUACCCAGGCCAGGUGUGGAAGGAACCAGUCAGCAGGAAUCAUCUGGGACACAGAUGUCAAUAGCCAUGAGACAAUCAGCUGAAGGUGAUGUAGUUACCUCCCCUGUACCUGGUGAUGGUGGUGGAGGUGGUGAUGGCAGCAGUGGAUCAGACAAUGAAGACACUAGACGAUCAACAGAUGCCAAAAAUUUUCUUGAUACUUUCCGAUCAAACUUCAAACCUGUGAUGCCACCACCAUCAGGAAGUCUGGAUAUUGAGGAACAAAGAGUGAAACCAAUGGGAGACGAUCUUUUGACAGAAAAGGGCAUGGACAGAUAUUCUAAUUAUCAGGCACACACCAUGGAGGAAGAGUCACUAUUACAGUCCAGGUACUUAGCACCGACCCCAAUGUUUAAUGCUAGUGAGAGUACCUCCCAAUUAAGAUGGAGUGUAGAUAACACAGCAGAUUAUCAGACAGACCCUGGCAAUAGACUGGAAGCCUCAGGUUUUAAUGCUGAAGAUGUGUUUUCUACUCAGCUGGAUGAUAACCCUUUUGGAGAAGUGAAUAACUCUUUUGGAUCAUUUGGAGCCAGUCCUCCUCCUAGACAGAGUCAUGAUAUGACACCACCUGGAGAAAUGACUCUGGAACCACCUGUUAGUCCUCGGACAAGUGUAGACAGUAAAUUGUAUCGUAGCAGUAGUAGUCCUCCUAAAUUUGACCAACCAAAGUUCUCUACAGCUUCCCCUCAGACAAGACAGUCCUUGAGAAAUAGUCAGAAAUCAUUACAGGAGGCUAAACAAGCAGAGAAAACUGGAGCAGAUUUGGCUUAUGUCAGUUCUCUGUCUACUGAAGCAGCUGAACAGAAAGCUCUAGUAGAUGAAAUGGUAGCACAGGGAAACCUUGGUGUUAAUUUUACUGUUCAUGAAGAUUUUAUGUCAGCAGAUAGGGCAAAAGACUUUUUAGACACGGAUGAAAAAGAAUUUGAAAAAGAAAAUAUUUUCAGAGAGGAUGAAAAGAUGGACAGUGAUGUUUUCCCCGAAUGUGACUCCUGGUCAUACAAGAGUAAGAUAGCAGAUGGUGGUGAUGAUGACUUGUGUAGGAUAUCUGUUGGUCAGUUUAUGAAGAGUCGUUCAGGUCAACUGGGGUCACUUGAUGGAGAUGGUCCAAGGCCUGAUUUUGGGAUGAUAAUUAAAACCCCACCCAGUGAUAGAAAACCUUACCCAUUGAUUGAAACAACUGUGACUGAACAAGAUCAGACAUCCAGCAUUGAAGAUGAUGGUACACUUCAUAUGAGUGAUGGAACACUACACAUGAGUGAUAUAUCUAGAUUCAUGUCGUCCGUGUCCAUGUCUAAAGAUCCUAAAGAGAUAGCCAAUAUGGUCAUGGCAUGGUCACAGAAACAGAGUACCCAUAAAACAUCAAAGUUACCAGUCAGAAAGGGAACCAGUUUGAAAUUGCGGGACAAAAAAUUGUCCUCUGAAGAUAUGAGUUUAUCUGAAAUCCCUGAACUGCAGAAUUCUGUUGAUGGUGAAAAGACCAAAGAUAUUAGAAGAAGUAAUGAUAAAUCUGUGAGUGUUUCACAGGAGAAAACAUUAAAUACAUUUUCCUAUGAGAAUAAAACAAAUCCUGACGGGGAAGAAUCAGAUAAGGAAGAGAAUAACAAACCAAGACAUUGUGUAAUAACACCACCUAAACUUUCGUCAGAAAAUUUUGUUGUAGAUGGAUAUUCUCCAAGACUUAGCAUUUCUAGGACAAAAUCUCCUGUCAGAUCUGAUAGAUUGAAUCAAUCGUCAGAUAGAUUUAUUAACCCGCAAAGGGAUAAUGAAGUACCCCAAGUGACAAGUGCUCGUCAGACUGAAGGAGCAUCCUUUAGUUUGGGUACAUCAGCAUCUUUGUCUGCAAGAAAUAGUAUGAAUGUUACAUCUGGUAAUAAUGAUAUAGUAAAAGAUGGGAGGAGUCCGAGGGGAAACACAUCUGGUUGGGCAGGUCAUCAUAUUCCUGAUGGUACAGAGUACAGUAAAUCGUCAGAACUCCAUCAUGUGAUGUCACGUCAGGAGCUUGUAGGGACAGAAGAUAUACAGUUAGUGGAUUCGAGGGGAUUUGAUGCUAUUUCAGAUAAACAUUCAGUGCCUCAGCAAAUACCUAUUCAGAAAAGACAUUCUGAUUUUGAUCCAAAGAAACAUCAUGCCAUGUUAAAAACCCAAGGAAAUAAACAUAAACACAGCCAUUCUGCAGAGAGUCUUCCUCUUAAUAGACAUAAUGGAAAUUUAACAUCAACUCCGGUAAAAAAGUAUGAUCUCCUUAGUGAAUUCAAAUCUUUAGAUGCACUAGGUAAAACUUCUCCCAAUUCUCACUUGUUAGAACUCAUUUAUCAUAACUCUCAGGCAGGAGAUCAACAAUUUUCACAUACUUUCCCCGAAACUUUGUAUGCUCAGCCAAAAACCAGUAGUGAUGUCAAAUCCUUCUAUACUACACAGACCACCAGUGGUCAAACUUAUUCACAAAACACUGGAGAUCUUGUUGCUCAAAAUAGAGCAUUAACGUCAACAUCAUCUAGUCAUGAACACUCUACAAUGCCUGUAGAACAUACAUGUCAGAGGGCACUAGAUGACAAAUGUUUAAUGCCACCACCACAAAUACCAAGCUUCCGACAUGAUCUCUUACCAAGACAACCACCACAAGAUCAACCAACAUUACUAACCUCUGAUUCCAUGUUAUCCAGAGAUUUUGCAAAGGAAUAUUUGUUCCGUGAAAAUCCAGGAAGACUUCUUAAUCGUAACGUUCAUCCUAAACCAGUGGAACAUCCGAUAGACUCUCAUGAUAUGUUGCCACACAGGGAUUCAGAUAUUCCAUUGCCAACACAUUAUGAUUUCAUGGCAGAUAAUAUGAAUAUAUCAAGUCGUUUGCCAGUAUAUCAGAGUACGCCAUAUAACAACAGGAAUGACACAACUAUUAUCACCCCAAGUAGCAUGCACACGAUGAUGUCAACUGGUAUGAUGCAUGAACUGCAGGCAGAAAAUCUUACAGUAAUGGAAGAUGAAUGUUCCCAUACAAGAACAUCACCAAGAUCAGACGGCCACCAACUUAGAACUCCACCAAGAUUGUCGGCUGUUACUGCAUCAAGAAUGUUACAUUUUGAUGAUGUAUGCUGUGUAGGCAUAUCCAUAGAGAGGAAAUUAGAGUUGACCAACCCAACCAAUAGCUGGUUAGAAUGUUACCUGCAGGUACAGGAAUGGACGAUAGAUGGUCGGGAAGUCAAUAUAAUGAAUUACCUACCAUUUGAAAUGAAAAGGAAGGUUAUUAUAGAACCACAUACAACAGAAAAUGUUACAGUCAUUUUUAUACCCAAACUAGCUGGUGCAUAUGUAGCCUCGUUGAAUGUUACGUCCAGUUUAUUUCUACAAGACAACAGUGUACAUAUACAGAAGAUACCAACGGUUGUCACAUUGCAGGCCAUUGCUGAAGAUCCACAGAUACAGUUCUUUGUUAAUAAGGUACGGACUGAGAGUAAUAACAAGUGUAUGAACUUUGGAGAGGUGGCCUGGGGAUCGUGUCAUGAAUUAUCACUACAGAUCAUCAACAGAGGGAGAGCCACUAUUCCUUUAAGACUUUCUGUAUUGUUGAGCCAAGGAUCCUGGCAUGCAUUUUCCUUCGACACAAAGAUGGCUGAUGUUUCUGUUAUAUCCCGUAGUAAUCGGCCCCAGUCAGCAGCAAUUGGGCGGACAGUCAUGCCCCUCAGUGUUGAAGGCAGGACUGUUGAUUCAGAUCCUACGGUUUAUGACAUCAAAAUCUACUGCAGACCACCAGAAAAACAGUAUAGUAGAGCAAUGUCACAGUACCCACCCACUGAAAUGUAUGCCAGAAUCGAAGUGGAAGUAGACACACCAUCACAUCUACCUUUAAUCAGCUCAAUAGAUCUGAAGUCUGUUGUUGGAGUUGCCAAACUCCAUUUAUCUAGACAGCUGGAGAUGCUACAAUUCAAAACCUCUGUCAAUCAAAGAGCAAAUCAGACAUUUAAUUUGAGAAAUGCUGGUAAUAUUCAUAUGGAAUUGUUGCUAGGAGUGACAGAAUACCCUGAGUUUUUUACAGUAAAUCCAUCACAGUUUACCAUUCCACCAGGACAAGAAAGGCCUGUUACAGUUACAAUUUUACCAAGUACUGGAAUAUCAUUUGAAACAAUCCUGCUGAUGAGAAUCUUGCCACAAGGUCCAGACUAUGACCUCCCAAUUCAAGUAGAAGUUCAGAAAGAGGUUCAAAGGAUUCAAGGUCCUGUUCUACUUGGAGACAGACAGUUCAUAGAUUUUGGUGGUGUACAAGUCGGUCAGUCUAUGAUAAAGAGAUACACCUUAAAGAAUGUAAUUCGAUCACAGUUAAAAUUAUCUCUGGAAAUCAGAUCUGACACAGAUAGCUUCCAGUUACUAUGGAAUGAUAGAAGAUCUUAUACCAGAGAAUUAAUGGUCAAUGGGGGUGACAAGUUUCUGGUUAAUGUUGAAUAUCGUCCUUCAGCUGUCAGACAGCACCAUGCCAAACUAGUUGUUAAACCAGUAGGGAUGACUGUCAAAUACUCUAUUCCAUUAGAAGGUUAUGGAGGGUCAAGUCUUCUAGUGAUAGAAGGAGCCAGUGUGAUUGAAGGUGCUAGUCUGUCAGAUCAGAAAUAUUUACUGAGCUUCAGUGGAAUAGAGCCCAGUAAAUGUCAGAUACAGAAGAUAGUUAUAAGAAAUGUUGGACCCAGAGCUGCUUAUGUUAAAUCUCUGUGCUUCACAGAUCCUAGUUGCAAACAUUUAGUACGACCUCCUAAAGUUCUUAUUGAACCCUGUGAGUUUGUUGUGAAAGAAAAAAGUACCAGGAGUGUUACAGUUGUUUUUAACCCAACAGAAAGAGAAUGUGCCUUAUGUAGUGAAGGGAGAGAGAUAAUAGCAGCUGUGGCCUUCUUGUUUGGUGACGAAGUCAGUAGACAGAGAAUGAGAAGAGUACUACAUAUGAAGCAAAGUGGGAGAAGGAUCAGUAGAUCCCUUUGUGAUGACAAUAUUUUAUACUCCAUUAACUUUAACACACAAUAUAUAGAUGAAGAUGCUGUGGCUGAUCUACCGUCGGCCAUAAUGGGUGUAGGACCAUCUAAAGACAUUGACCUGUUCUAUAAGAAUAUGUCCAAGGUUACACUGACCUUGGUAGCCUCAGCUGCACCUACAGGAGUAUAUUCUAGUAGUCAUGGGAAAUUUGCAUCCACUAUGCAAAAUGGAGAUUUUGCCACACCCCAGAAUUUACGAAACCAUGGUAAUCUUGCAUCGUCUAUGCCGUCUGACUACCUGUGUGACAAAAUACCAUCAAGGAAUAUGCCUGCAAGAUCUCUGCCUUCCUUUUCUCACAGUGAUAUGGCUUCUUCAAUGCCAGCAAGCCAUGUGUUAGACAAAAAUUUCUCAGCAAGUAUACCAAGUAACGCUUCCCAAACAUCUUGUCACUUAGCAGGAACAAUGUCAACUGGUACCCAUGUCAGUGAUGUUUCGAUGAUACCAGUCAAAUCAACAAACAGUAUGAAGGAGUCCGUGUCCCAAACUAUGCCAAGUCCCUUCAUUGGCCCACUGUUCACAAGAUCUGUACUGACAGACCAUGAUGAUAAAUCAGAUUGGGUAAUAAAACCAGAACAGCUUAUACUUCAUGCUCCAACUAAAGUUGACGAUCGACCUGAUGUUUCCAAGUUCCAGAUAAUCAACUUCCUAAAUAGAGAACUUGCGUUUAAAAUGGCAUGGCUUGGACAGUGGGUGAAGAUUACACCUGAAACAGUAACUGUUUCACCAAAGAGCACAACAUCUAUAUGCAUUAGCCCUAGUGCCAGAGUAUUACAGAACAUGGAAACCUUACCAUGGCAGGGAACAGUCCAUAUAUCCUGUGAACAUCAGUACAAGAUUCUAAAUGUACAGAUAAGAAAAGAUGUGGUUGAAGGGAAUGCCAACAAAAAUUUGAUGCCACUGUUUAAACAGGUUUCUGCUGCACCAUCUAUCUGUAUACCUGCUGACACAGACAAUCCAAAUGUUCAGACUACACAAGUCAACUUCUCCCCAACUAAAAUAGGGGAUAUGUCAGAAACCUACAUUGACCUUACUAAUGUGUCUACUGAGACUUUACGAUGGACAAUAUCAGUGUUUGCUCCGCCAUAUGUCAAGGGAGCAGAUAAUUCUAAGGAUGUAUUCAGAGCUACAUACAAAGUGUUCUCAUUCUCUGAAAAGUUUGGACAUUUAGACGGCAAACAUACCAUACAAAUAUGUGUACAGUUUAUGCCCAGAUCUAAAGGAACAUUUUCACAAUUCUGGGAAGUACAGUCCAGAGGAUCAACAACUAACAGUGUUAGAAUCGAGCUUAAAGGGGAGGGUAUUGAGGAGGAAAAGAAACCAAAAGAACUGGAUGCAAGGAAAAGGAAUGAAGCAUCAUUGUUUACUUUGGAGAAUGAAGAAGAGACACAGAAGUUUUCACCAUGUGAUAUUGGACAUGUACAAAUGUUGAAAGUCCAAUUAAAGAACAGAUCUUCUGCUCCACAAACUGUUGAAGUAAUUACUCCACAGCUGCCAUUUGUAGUGAAGCAUUCAAGUUUUACAUUAAAACCUAAAAGCUUCAUAAGAUUCCCAAUAGAAUUCCGCCCUAGUCAGCAUGGUGGAUUUGAUGGACUUGUAAUAUUUAAAGCCAACAUUGGAAGUACUGUAAGCUGUAAAGUGCACGGAAUAUGUAAAAAAAUGUAAAUUGGAAUGUUGACAACUUUUAAUGUUUUUGUUUCUGGAACAUAUAGGCCAAGAAAAAAUAUAUAUAUCUGAUUAGGGCUUCCCUACCUGUCUGAAUUGUGCCUACCCAAACCCCUUUUAUUGUCAUUUUGAGUAAGGUGCUACUGAUGUCAAGGUUGUUCCCUUAUAUAGGUCUACUAAAAUAUGUUUUCAAUAAUAAAAUUGAUUUACCUAGUUACUUUUAAUAAGUAUACCCCUUAACAGAUUUAUAUCUUUUCAUGGCCUUACAAAUACAGCCUUCAUACAAACACUGUUUUUGAAGAAGUGCAAGUUGUAUCAUAGUGUCAUAAACAUUCAUGUGCAAGAAAAUUGGUAAUAUCUGUGUUUAAAUUAUAGGCUAGAAACAGUAUAUCUGUUAUUUAACAGAUGCAAAUGUAAUGCUAUUAAACAUGAUGUUACAAAGAUCAUCAUUUUGGAAUGGUUUUUUUUUUUUAAUGAAUUACUUUUGAUAAAUAAACAAAUGAAAAUGUGAUAUAGGAAAUAAGCUGUGAUAUGAAAUAUGGUGCUAAUUACAGUGGCCUUAUUUCACAUAAGUUAUCAAAUGUCUCGUGUAUAAGAUAUUUUCGCAUGUGGUUGUCAAUUGUUUUGUUCAUUAGAACUCACAAAUUUUUAAUUUAUUUAUUUCAUGUAUAAUAUUUAAUAUAUUUCUUAUGCAUUUGUCACCUGUUGCAGACUUCUAACAGUCCAGUCAUUAGAUUUGUCAUGUUUGUAAUUUAUAAUUUUGUUAAAAUGAUCACAACUGAAUAUAUUCACUUUUGUAUAAAAAUAGUUGAUCAGUUCUAAUACUUGUAUUAAAUGUCAUUGAUAUUCACAGAGGUGUCGAAACUGAGGUAUUACAUAUGUCAAUGAUAUUCACAUAGGUGUAGAAAUUGAGGUAUAACAUAUGUCAAUGAUAUUCACAGAGGUGUAGAAAUUGAGGUUCUGGACCGUUUUAAUGUUAUGUGAAGAAUUUUCAUUAUUUUGAAUCAGCUGUGGUACAGACAUUUCAAAAGUAUUUAUCCAGUUCAAUAAACAAUGAUUUUUACUUCAAAUCUUAGAAAAAAUAUAUUCACUGAUAGGAAGAAGGGGAACAUUUCAAUGAUCUUUUGACCAGAGGAAAAAAAGAUUUUUUUUCCACUAUAAGAAUUUAUCCACCUGAAUUUUUGCUCAUUUAAAAUUCAUUGUCAUCGUACAUUUCAGGAAUCAGGAAUAUUCAAAGCUAUUGUAAAAAAUAAUCAAAUUUUGCUGCACUUUUUUUUAUAUGGACAAUUAAAAUGGCCUUAUAUACCAAUUUGUGUUCAUUGUUUGUUACCUCGGGUUAAAUCUAUAAUAUGAAAAGUAUGUUUCUAGAUUUUUUGCAUUAUUUGAAUUUAAAGGACUAUAAUGCACAAAUUUAAUUUUUACACGUAAUAAUGGAAAUUAGGUAAAACUGUAUAGAUUAUAGAUUUUUCACAUGUUGCUUGAGAAUGUCUAUUUAUCUUUCAUCAUCAAUUGUAAAUUAAAAAAAUAAGUAUGAAAUAUAACCAGUCAAUAUAUUUUUUAGGUAUUUUUAAACAGAUUAAAGGGUCUAAGAAAUUGGAAGCAAGCUUAUGCUAAUCCAAAUAUUACAGAUUUAAAAUGAAUUAGAUUUUGAAGACUUUCUCAUUACCAUUAUGUGUAUAAUACGCUGUGAAGUGGAAAAUUUUCAUAUUAAAAUCACUAAAAUAUCCCUUCGUGUAAAUUCGACCUCGAGGAAGAUAAGGAAUAUGAAAAAUGUGAAAAUACUACCUCACUGAUAGGAGGGGUUGAACAGGGAUAAGGGAACCUGGAAAUGGGGUCUGAAGAGGGAGUCAUUGAGGAAAGACCCAGGAGAAGAGGAGGAGUAAAAAAUAUGGAUAUUCUGGAAAAGUUUCUUUGACCUGAGUUUCAUCUGGAGUAAGGGCUGGUAGGGAAUUAAAAAAAGUAGGGAGAAAGAAGUUGGAGUUGAGGGGAGGGAAAUGGGAAUCAAGGACCCCCUGUCCACCCCUUUGAUAGGAUUGCCGUUUGAAAUGGCAAUAUUCAAACACCUUGAAAAUAAACCACUUCACAGUAUCAUCAUCAUUGUCAUUAGGUUUGUCACUUUUUUCAUUUGCUCAUUAUAUAUUGAAAAAUCCUCCAGGGUAUUUUGUUGUGUUAGAGUUGAAUGCAGAUAGCACUUUUAACCAUAACAUCCUUCAGAAAGUGGAGAAAUACUGGAUUUAUGCUGUUUGUCUGUUACACUUUUCUGUUGCUUUUUUCUUGGUAAAUACAAAUCAGUAUUUUGAUAGUUGUUGUCAUGUAUCAGCUGUAUUAUGUGAUGUUUACCAAAUUCUUGUUCAUCCUGUUGAUGAAAUUUACCUAUUCAAGAUAUCUGUCCCACAUUUCUAAUCAACUACAAAUCAGAGUUCUGAUACUGUAAAUUCAGAAAUUAUUGUGAGGAUUUAUUAUUGCGAUUUUUAAAGAAUGAACAAAAUUGUGAGAUUAAUUAUUGCGAUUUCAGAAAUAUCUACAUGCAUAUGUAUGAAUCAGACAUCAGAAUGUGAGUUCUUAUUAAUGCAAUAAGCAUCCAGGUGCAUUAUUCGCAAUAAGAAAAACCUAGCAAUAAUUUCUGAAAUUACAGUAUUCAUAAAAAAAUACUUCAUGUAUUAAAAUUAUACUGUCUGAUUUAUUUUAAGGUUUGAAGCUAGUCUGCUUCCAACUUACCAAAGAUCUGAGGGUUUAUUUGGGUUUUUUUGUAAUGCACAUGCCGUAGUAAUACAAUAUUGUCUUGGUUCAAUAUGUGAGAAAUGGCUACCUGUAUAUUUUGUUUUUGCAGAUCUUUAUAAACAAACAAAAAACUUGCCAUUUGUCUUCCUUUAAAACUGUACAGGUCAUUGGCCCCUUUCCAUUUUUUAAAUGUACUGAUUUCUAAAUACUUUUUUGUUAUUUAUGUUCACUAUAUUUGUAUUUACCCAAGGGAGAUAAUGUAACUGCAUCAGAUACUUGUUUCCUUCCAACAUUUCCUGUCCUGUUAAUAUUUUCAUAUUUUCAUUUUCUUUUAGAUGCUGCAUUCAGUUGUGUAUGUUUAGAUUUGCUGAUGCAGAAAAAGGAUUGUUGCAUUUGCAAAAAUACCACUACUGUUUAUUAUUUGAAAUCAUUAUUUUUGUUUUAAAGAAACUAAAUAAUGCAAGUUGUUCUGUAAAUUUGUCCGCUAAAAAAUACUUGGCUUCACAACCCCCUCAUUUGCAGAGCUUGAAAAAAUAAUGUCACUGCUAUUGAACUGUUGCAUUCGAAUACAAUGACAGAAUUUAUACAGGUAUUACCAUCCUGCCAUUUGUUACAGAAAUUUUUUCAAUGCAAUGAUCAAUAAUGGUAUGGCAAUCAGUUGUUCCUGACAAACGUACAUACACAUUUUUUUUAUAAUAGAUUUUCAUAAGUGUAUAUUGUAUUUGUAAAAAGCUUUAAGCCUCCACAUCAUUUUAUAAAUGUGUAAUUGGCAACACUUGAUAUAUUUAAUGAUAAAGAUGGUUGAAAAACGUUACUUGAAAUAGUCUGUAUAACCUAAUCAUUAAUUGAAAUAUGUUGCAUAUAUAUAUAUCUUUUCAGAUUCAGUUACUUUAAUAUGUACAGUGGUUUAUAUAUGCUAGAUUUUUCACUACUGUUAUCAAAUAUGACAGCUAUACAGCUAUAAAAUAAAAUUAUUGAAUGUUGAAA